UCUCUCUCUCUGUCUUCUCUUCUCUCUCGCUCCGGGGGUUGAUUAAAGGGGAGAGACUGACGGAGAGCAGGGGAAGUGUGGGAAGAGGGAAAUUAAAAGGGAGGGGGAAAGAGGGAGGGCGCAGAGCAACGGAAGAAAGAGACACCCUUUUCCUGCCUCUCCUUCCCUCGGGCGUCGGAUCUGUUCGUCACCCUGCCGCUGCUGCAAUACCUCUUCUCCCUUCAUUUUCCUUUUUCUCUCCUUUUCCUCUGUUUCCCCGUUCCUCUUCCUCGCUCGCUCUCUCUCUCUCUAGCUCCCCCGCUCCUUCUCAGCUCGCUUUUGCUCGCUUACGUGCUGAGUCAGGAGAUUGACUUGUUCCUCCUUCUUGCCGAACCGCAAGAAACAAAUAAAAUGGAAUGCUUCCAGAUGAAAUACGUUGCACUGCAUCAGAUUGCUACAGUAAAUGCACUAGAAUGUAUGUCCGACUUGAGUGCAAGAGGGAAACAAGGCGGUGCUAUUCUCGAUCCAACCGCAGAGAAUAUCAUUCGUCCAGAACCUCGCCGAGCUGCUCCUGCGUCCUUUAUUUCAAGUUGUUAUGAUGGAUACCGCUGCAACACGCAAAGAAAACCGACUGAGCAGAGAGAAGACGCCAGUUUUGAGAUACUCGAUAUAAUCUUGACUAAGAAUGGUCCAGACAAUGAUGAAGGGAGCAAUCUGACGAACUACUUCUGUGGAUCACCUCCUGCUCGAACCAACAACCCCAUGGUUCACGAUGUUGAAUUCGUCAACCAGUCGCGAGCAUACAAUUCUCCUUUUGAAAGUUCUCUUGGAGGAAAACCAUCAGCGAGAGUGGAGAACCGCUCUUCAUCAUGUGGCGCCUCAUUUGGAGGGAAGCCCAUGGUGAGGAUCGAGGGCUUUGCUUGCAGUAACUCCAAGUCUCACCGCUUUGUUCCGGCACUCGCCUAGGCCCAAUAACAUGCCCGGCCUUGCCCAACCCAUGCCAGAACCAUGCUAGCCAUGCCCCUAGCCCCUUACCAGAGUCGUUUCCAGCCAAGAGAAAGAAAUGGAGUAUUAUUCCUGUAAAUGUACGGAUUAGUAGGUCACCCAUGAGUUGCAUUAAACCUUCUUGCAGUUUACUCGUGUCUAACAAUCACUCGAGUCAUGUUGUAGAUAAGCGAUUUGAGAGCAGUUAGUGCAUUUUAGGAUUUCAUGUCAGUCUCUGGAAUUAUGAAAAUUGAAUCGAGUUCAGCAUUUCAUAUGUACAGUAUGAUGAUCAAUCAUCAAACGUUGUAUAAAAUUUUAAAGGUAGCAACCAGAAUGGUUCUCUACUGCGUAUAUGAGUUGUGGUGGUAAUCUAUGGCCUAUAUGCUAGGUCUGUGGUUUGCAACCUUUGAACUAAUGAAGUAUGUUUUGUCUUUUUA